CACGGCUCGUGGGGUCUGCCAGCGUUCAUCUGCGACGUGUACAUCGCCAUGGACGUUACCUCAUCCACUUCAAGCAUCUUCAAUCUCGUUGCAAUCUCUGUUGAUAGGUACAUAGCAGUAACUCAGCCAAUCAAGUACGCGAAGCACAAAAACAACCGAAGGGUCUGGUUUACCAUCGUCCUCGUCUGGAUGAUCUCCGCCGCCAUCGGCGCCCCCAUAGUGUUAGGCCUCAACGACACCCCCGACAGGAACUACAACGAGUGCCUGUUCAACAGCCAGAACUACGUCCUCUACUCGUCGCUCGGCUCCUUCUAUAUCCCCUGCAUCAUGAUGAUGUUCCUCUAUUAUAAUAUUUUUAAGGCUUUAAGAAACCGCGCGAAGAAGCAGAGAGCAGCGAAGCAGCCACCGGAGCAGCCACCGGUGUCGGAGCCGGCGACGGCAGCCGUGGUGAUAGAGAACGUCGCCACGACGAGACAGCUCGAGACGGCGUUGGAUGCACCAACUAACACCGGGUCGGGGAGCAAUGAGGAUGAUCAUGAUGACAGCUUCGACAAGAAGUCAGUGGAGCUGGAGGACGCCGACGAGUGUCACGUGAUCCCCAACAACCGCUCCACCGAGUUCAUGCUCGCCACCGUCACUGAAGAGACUGCUAAGACCCCAAAACGUAGUCUCAAGUCCCAGCCUCCGGAUCCGAACGGCAAUAACGACUCGGGAUACGCGGCGUCCACGUUAGACCGCGACCACAUCUCGCCGCCCGCCUCGCCGGGGCUACGCGACGCGACGGUGCUCAGGAACAUGGGCUGCGAGAGGAAGAGGAACGGCAAAAGGAUGGACUCGGACUCCAGAAACGCGUCUAUCGCAUUCCGCUCAGACGACGAUCUUGGCACUAGUCAAUACGAUAUAAGAGACGGCUCGAGCAGUAAAAAGGAAAGAAAAGCAAGUGCGGCGACCGCUAGGUUCACGAUAUACAAAGCAAAUAAAGCAAGCAAAAAGAAAAGGGAGAAAUCCUCAGCAAAAAAGGAGAGAAAAGCGACUAAAACGCUCGCAAUUGUUUUAGGUGUAUUUCUCUUCUGCUGGACUCCGUUCUUCACCUGCAACGUGUUAGAUGCCAUUUGUGCGAAAUUCGGUCUUCAAUUUACGCCCGGUGUUACCGUCUUCAUCCUCAACACCUGGCUGGGCUACAUCAACUCCUUCCUCAACCCCGUCAUCUAUACUAUCUUCAACCCGGAAUUCAGGAAGGCCUUCCGUAAGAUUCUCAAAUGCGGCACCUAGCCCGGAGACUAUUUGGUCGUUUUCA